AUCCUUUCCACGCGGCUGAAAGUUAUGGCGCCUGCGCAGGGAAUGGAGACCCAAACACGCCAGGCGGGGUUUAGCUGGUACCCUCCUCUUCGCCCAGCCUGGCCUCCCUCCACGUCGAUUAAAGAUGCCCCGCGGGAGUUAGCGGAACGCGCUCGGCUCGCCUUUGCCGGGGAGCAGCGAAGCUCGACCGUCAGUUGCGAAGCGCGGGGAGGAGGCGAAGGCAGGUUGGCCGGAGGGGAGGUCGGCGGGCGCGGGACCCCUUGUGGUGCCGGAGGGUUGUCGGAGUUUGGGUCCGGGCCAGAUGGUGAGGAAGUGAAAGAGGCAGCCUCUGAUUUCUCCCUCCUCUUCCUUUGCCUUCGCUUUUUCGCCGGCAGCAGCUCUCUCCCCUUUUCCGUCCGGCACCCAAUUUGCUGAGCUCAGAGGGUUCAACACUCAGGCCGAUGAAUUACAAAUGAAACUUUUGCUCAGUUUUCCCAGAUUUCUACAGCAAGAUGUUUACUGCAAAUACCGCAAACUGGGUUACUUUUGAAGAUGAAUCCCAGUCUCCUCAGAGAGCAAGAGAAAAUGAUAACGUUUGCAGACCAAAUGGGCUUAAACUCACACUGCCUAAAAUGCAAGAUUUUUCAAACCAAUUGUCCUCCAUCACCUGCACUUCUCUCUCAUCUCCUAUAAGUGACUACUACUAUAGCCCUGAUCCCCCCAGUAAUUCUCCACUCUGUACACCCACCAGAGACUAUCCUAUCAGUCCUUGCUUUCCCAAAUCAGGAACUCAUUUUCUUAGUCCUAUUCCAGAAUUGUCAUCUAACGUUAAUCAUCUCCCACUGAUUGAACCACCUUCUCAAAAAAUGAUUGGAAUAUCUCAGCCUGUGCACAGUUCAGAAUUUUCUACUCUGAAACCAAUACAUGGUGCACAAGUUAUGCAUCAGGAAAACUCAAAGAAAUCGGAAAAUUCCUUAGAUUCACAAGCCUUUUUUCAGAAUGUUUCUAGUGAGUCUGCUUUCUCCAAUCCAUUUUGGUCAGAAGGUUCAUCUACUGUGUCUUUGCCAAGCUUUCAUGGACAUGGAAAAGAGUCAGAUUUUGAAAGAGAUUUUUCUUUUAAAGGAAAGAAAAGCUGGCCAGAUCAGAAAAGCUUAAACCAGGGUUCAUUCAAUUAUAUAUGUGAGAAACUUGAACACUUGAAAACAGAAACUUCAAACACUGAAAGAGCUUUGAGACCAGUUCCAUGUGUGUGCACUAGAGUUGGCCUUUCUUCAUUUAUUCCGAGCAGUCUCUUUAGCAGCCAGAGAAAAGAUGGCUGGCCUUUCAUGCUGAGGAUUCCUGAAAAGAAAAAUAUGAUGUCAUCAAGGCAGUGGGGUCCUAUUUACCUCAGAGUUUUACCAGGAGGAAUCCUACAAAUGUAUUAUGAAAAAGGUCUUGAAAAUCCUUUCAAAGUAUUCCAGCUGCAACCAUUUUGCAGGCUUUCAGAACCAAAGUUAGAGAACUGCAACAUCUCUGGGAAAAUCCAUACGGUGAAAAUUGAAUAUGUGACAUAUACAGAGAAAAAGAAGUAUCCUAAAACCGAAGUGGUUCAUGAAGCAGAGAUUGAACAGAUGCUGAAAUUAGGAACAACUGAUUACGGUGACUUCACUGAUUUCCUAAUGAUAGUUGAGGAAGAGUUAAUGAAGCUUCCUGCUAUUUCAAAACCAAAGAGACAUUAUGAAGAACAAGAAAUGAUCUUGGAAAUAGUGGAUAAUUUUUGGGGGACAAUUAGUAAAGCAGAAGACAGGUUAUCUAAAACUGCUGUCAUAACUCAUAUUUAUUCAUUAAACUUUUUGAAUGGUAAUUCUGAGUGCUUUAUGACACUAAAUGACUUGGAGCUUCAAAAGAGGGAUGAACAUUAUUUUGAGUCAGACAAUAAGAAAAAUUGGAUCAAAAUUAAUGACUACCACUUUCAUCAAUGUGUGAAGAAACAAGAAUUUGAGCAAUCAAGAAUAAUUAAAUUUAUACCACCAGAUGGCUGUAGAGUAGAACUAAUGCGUUAUAGGACACAAUAUAAUGGAUCGGAUCUUCCAUUUUCUGUCAAAGCCUUGUUAAUCGUUCAAGGAGCUUAUGUCGAACUGCAAGCUUUCAUAAACAUGUCUUCAGCAUAUUCAUACCCUACAAAACACUGUGAGAAUGUAAUGGUUCACUUUCCUGUUCCCUCACAAUGGAACAAAACUCUUUGGACUAUGAACCUCCAAAGACAGAGAUCCCUGAAAGCAAAAAUGAACAGAAGAACUUGCCUUGGCUCUUUAAAUGAGCUUGAAUCGGACUCCGCUAUUCAUGUCUCAAUUGGAACAGCCAAGUAUGAAAGUGCCUAUAGAGCUAUUGUGUGGAAAAUUGACAGACUACCAGAUAAAAACUCAAAUCCAGAUCAUCUGCACAGUUUGUCUUUCAAACUAGAACUUGGCUCAGAUCAAGAAAUCCCUUCUGACUGGUGUCCUUUUGCUGUGGUGCAGUUCGUUGUGUCUGAUGCAUGCGCCUCAGGAACUGAAGUGAAAUCAUGGGGAAUUGAUAGGGAUGUACAGCCUCAGAAACAUGUGAUUCAGAAAGCAUGUUAUAAUUGCCAGGUUGAAAUUGAGAAGAAAUGGAUUAGACUUGAGGGAGAAGAUCCCAAUAAGAGUGGAGAAUGUGACAUACAGUAGAAGAGAGAAGUAAUCUGGAUUCCUUUUGAGGUUGUGAGAAAUAUUUUAAUGUAAGCAGAAUAAUUUAAAUGCAGUAAAGCAAUGGAUUUCAGUAUAUAAUUUUCAAAUUGUCAUGUAAAAAGUUUAGGUACAUAAUUUGCUUUCUAAACAUUUAAUAUAUUAACUAUAACAUCAUAAAGGUAAAUACUAUAAGUUGGUUCUGUUUCAGAGUUUGUAGGGAAACAAACUGAACACAGUUAUAGCUUGCAACUCCCUAAGACAGACUUACCUUUUCCUGAGGUAAUACAACUAUGCACUGCAACUGCCAUGAAAUUGCUGGGAAAAUAUAUUUGGGUUAACAAAUGGCAGUAAAUUCUAUUUGUACUUUUAUAUAUUCCUAAACAACCUUCUGCCUUUCAACCCAAAAUGAUUAUUGAAAAUAAUCAUAUUUUAUAUGACUUCAAAGUCAGCUGAUCACAAAUCUUUUUCAUGUUAGCAUCCAAAUGUUUCAUCUUCUGAUGUUGUUUAGAAUUAUAAGACAUAGAUAAAAUCUGUCUGUAUAAUCCUGUUUAUUCUUUCAACUUUCACUAAAAAAAAAUAUGCAGGCCCAGCUACAUUUUUUGGUGGAUUCAGUGAUGAGCUUAGAAGUUUUACUGUAAAUUGAACCUUUUACAUUGUAAGUACUUCAAUAUGUUCUUUUGCUACCUAAAAGUACAUGUGUGGGAAAUGAUUUACUAGAAUAUAACAGAUAUUUUUCAGGGUAAUGCUGUUGGCAAAAAUAGAGCUCUAAUCUGUUGCUUCCUUCCAAAGUUGUUAAUAUAGGGGAAGCACUGCAAUAAUUUGAACUAUUCCCUUCCUUUGGGCUUUUGGUGAAAAUGGUUUUGCUUUGCAAUAUUUUGCCAUUGGUUAAAAAUUAUUUUGAAUCUCCAACAAGAACAUAUAUUAGAUUGGAGAAAAAAGGCUGAAGAACAAGGUGUCUCAUAUGAACAUGAAAAGCAAAAGGUUCAUUUGUUCUGCCAGAUGAGCUAGAGUUUACUUAAGGAGUGUGGAGUGGAUGGCACUUGACUAUAAGAGAAAACAGCUAUACCUAAUAUGAUCAGCUUACCCUUUGGACUAUUUUGAAUUUAUUUUUAAAAUUUAUUAUUUAGAUAUAUUUGGAUUUUUGGGAAGAGGACUCAUCACUGUUUUCAAUCUUGAGGUAUAUAUACUGAAUAUUUAGGAAGCUAAGAAGUGUCAGUUUUAAUUUAUAUUGCUUGCAUUCUGAUGAAUUUUAACUGUUCCACAUGUUAUUUUUGUUUCAUGUAACUCUUUUUGGAAUAAAACUGUAACAACACA